AUGCCCUCUGUUUUCAGCCGCCUCGUACGCAGGGUUCGACUGCGACAUGCAAAGGUCACUCCGCGGCCUCUCACGCACUACGGUAUUUCCAUCGAGGGUGUGCAGCCUGUUUUCGACGCUGGAAGGAUGCAGUGGUGGGCGCGGUGGACGUAUCCCCUAGGGAUUGGGACGGUAAUCUCAUCAACGCUCGCCGCCGAGCUCAUCUGGAGCCAUUGGACCACUUGGGAGCCGCUCCCCGCCGACACGCCCGCCACAGACGCGCCCGCACGAAGACCGGACGCGUCGUCCGCGAGCAGCGAAACAACGCCGGACACUCUUGGACACUACGUCCUUCGGCCAUGGUACCAGCGCGCACCCUUCGUGGCCUUGGACGUUUUCUGCUGUUGUGGUAUCAUCGCCGUAUUGAUCGGGGUACGCUCUCGCAUGGUCCGCAAGAUGUUCGUUCUGCCCCCGGCUCAAAAAGAGGGUGAGCGGCUCGUCGUCGUCCAGUCGCCCCUCCACUGGCGUCAAUAUGGCGACGUGUAUCCGCUCUCGAAGACAAAGCUCGGCAACUCUCCAGACAAGACGGAAGUCACGAUGACUGCGGAGGGGCUGCGUGGGCAUUAUUCGAUAGGUCUUACGGGCGCACAGGUGGAUGGGAAGCAGGGGUCGCUCUGGGACGCAAAAAAAGCGCUGUUCGCGACCUGGUACGGCACGGCGAGGGCAUCGAGCAUGAUGGCAGAUGGCGCCAGGGUGCCCAGAUCUCAUUAA